AAGACCUUCUCCUGCCAACCACUUUUCUCCUUUUGUUUUCAUAUCUCCCUCCAUUUUUCCCGUCGAUCUUUGGUGGAAAUUGAUAUCGCACAGCAAAAAUGCCCAAGAGAAGUAAAUUGCUCCAAGCUCUGGACGAGCACCGCGGCCGAGACUAUGACGCCGAGAAGCAGAAGAAGCUCGUGAGGGCGGCGAACAAGAAGAAGGCGGGCAAGGGAGGCGUUGCUGAAGAUGACAAAGAGAAGGAGGUGAAGAAGAAGCUCGAGGAGGACGCUGAGGACGACGACGACGACGAAGAAGAAGAAGAAGAAGAAGAAGAAGAAGAACACGAAGAAUCCGCCGAAGAGCAAGAAUCCGCUGCCGAGGAAGACGCCGAAGAAGACGACGAAGAUGAAGAAGCCGAAGAAUCCGAUAUCCCCCUUAGUGACCUCGAAGACGACGAGCGCGAAGACGUCGUCCCGCACCAACGCCUCACCAUCAAUAACUCGGCCGCCAUCACCGCCUCGCUCAAGCGCAUCUCGUUCAUUUCUUCCCAGACCCCCUUCUCGGAGCACAACUCGCUGGUCUCGAAAGAGGAGAUGGAGGUGCCAGAUGCCAAUGAUGACCUGACCCGCGAGCUGGCCUUCUACAAGGUCUGCCAGGCGGCCGCGACGCAGGCGCGCUCCCUGCUCAAGAAAGAGGGAAUUCCCUUCACCCGCCCCGGCGAUUACUUUGCAGAGAUGGUCAAGACGGACGAGCACAUGGACAAGAUCAAGAAGAAGCUGUACGAUGAGGCCGCAUCCAAGAAGGCCGCUGCCGAGGCGCGCAAGCAGCGCGACCUCAAGAAAUUCGGCAAGCAGGUGCAGGUCGCGAAACUGCAGCAGCGCGCCAAGGAGAAGCGUGAGACACUGGAGAAAAUCAAUGACCUGAAGAAGAAGCGCAAGGCCGAUACCUCCGGUGAGGCUGACAACGCCAACGAGAUGUUCGACAUCGCCAUCGACGACGCCCAGCCCAACAGCCGGAAACGCGCCUUCGGCAGCGACGGUACCACCAACGCUAAGCGUCAGAAGAAGAACGAGAAAUACGGCUUCGGCGGCAAGAAGCGCCACUCCAAGAGCGGUGAUGCCCUCUCGAGUGGUGAUAUGCGCGACUUUUCCGUCCGGAAGAUGAAGGGCGGUUCGAGAGGAGGUGGCGGUGGUGGCGCCAAGAGACCUGGCAAGAGCAGGAGAGCUGCUGCCAAAGGUCGUGCUUGAUCUUUUUUUCCCUUUCUUCAUUUCCACAUUUACCCUAUUCUCAUUUUCUAGCUUGCUCGGAUACCGGAAGAGGUCGUUUGGGUUGUUAUUCACAAAAAGCAAUUGUUCAAUUUUUACUACCCACUUAGACACCAUGACUGCUUCGACCAAGGUUAUGAAACCUGUGUAUAUUGAACUAAUCCAUGGUAACG